CCCAUUUAUAUCCCGCAAGCUUCUCCUCACCAACUCCUCCCUCGCUUCUCUUCACGCAUAAACCAGGGGAGCCAUGGGCGCCGGUGGCCGCAUGACCGCCAAGGAGAGGGAGGAGCGCGAAUCCCUCCGACCAAAUUCCGGCCCCUCAGAUCCCUCAGAUCCUUUCAUCCGCGUCCCCGCGGAGAAGCCCCCUUUCACCCUAAGCCAAUUAAAAAAAGCCAUCCCCCCUCACUGCUUCCAGCGAUCCAUCCUCCGCUCCUUCUCCUACGUCUUCAACGACCUCCUGGUUUCCGCCGCCCUCUUCUACCUCGCCGUCAGCAUCCUCCCCGCCCUCCCACCACCCUUCCACCUCAUCGCCUGGCCCCUCUACUGGCUCGCACAGGGAUGCAUCCUCACCGGCGUUUGGGUCAUCGCUCACGAAUGCGGCCAUCACGCCUUCUCCGAUUACCCAAUUGUCGACAACAUCGUCGGCCUCAUCCUCCAUUCCUUCCUCCUCGUCCCCUUCUUCUCAUGGAAAUACUCACACCGCCGGCAUCAUUCCAACACCGGAUCCCUAGACCGCGACGAAGUAUUCGUCCCCAAACUCCAAUCCUCCCUCCCCUGGUUUUCCCCCUACCUUAACAACCCCUUCGGUCGCAUACUAACCCUCGCCGUGACCCUAACCCUCGGCUGGCCGAUGUAUCUCCUCUUCAACGUCUCCGGCCGACCCUACGAACGCUUCGCCUGCCCCUUCGACCCCUUCGACCCCAACGGCCCAAUCUUCAACGACCGUGAGCGCGCUCAGGUCUUCAUCUCCGACGCCGGUAUCUUCGCCGUAUUAUACCUCCUCUACCGUCUCGCCACAUCCUUCUCCAUUUCAUGGGUCCUUGGGAUCUACGGCGUCCCUCUUCUCAUCGUCAACGCAUGGCUGGUUCUCAUAACUUUUUUACAGCACACUCACCCUGCCCUUCCUCACUACGAUUCCUCCGAGUGGGAUUGGCUUCGCGGCGCGCUAGCCACCGUCGACCGCGACUACGGUUUCCUCAACCGGGUUUUCCACAACAUCAACGACACGCACGUCGCGCAUCACCUCUUCUCGACCAUGCCUCAUUACCACGCCAUGGAGGCGACCAAAGCCAUCCGGCCAGUGCUUGGUGAUUAUUACCGGCUGGACACAACCCCGGUGGUGAAGGCGAUGUGGCGGGAGGCCAGGGAGUGCAUUUAUGUCGAGUCUGAGCAGGACAAGGGGAAGCCCAAGGGUGUUUUCUGGUACCGCAACGUCUACUGAGAGGCCAGGACUGCCGGAUGCCGGCUGUGGGGAAAAAGAAUAAAAUAGUUGGUUCCAGUUAGGUUCAUUAGUGGUUGUCAAGAAUCAAGAUCUUCCUUUCCGCUUGCCUGCUUCUGAGCUAAAGCUAAAAGAGGAGUCAAAAAACUUUAGAUCGUCAAGCCUGACCGGGGGCAUUGGUUGGGUUCGUCGU